GUGAACUAUAUAAGUACGUAGUCUUCUUAUCACUUGAAAACCAGUCAUCAAUUUGGAUCAUUUGCAGUGCAUAUGGCAUUCGGAUCAUACUCGCUGUCACCAAAUCAUACUUGUGCCGCCAUAUCAUUUAUAGGUCUAGCUAUAUCAUUCUACACAUUGUACGUGGAAUACAAUUUAGAUAGUGACAUCAAUUACCAACCAAUGUGUGAUAUCGCUUAUUAUGUUAGUUGCUCGAAAGCUUUUCGUUCACCAUUUGCCAAAGGUUUCGGAGUUGCAUCAUCUAUCCUUGAAACUGAUCAUAUAUUGAUGCAGGUACGUCAAAUAAACAUACAACUAUUUGAUACGAUAAAAUGUGUCAUUGUUAAGAGAUUAUGUAAGAAAUAUGAAAAUACAACACCAAAUUUAGCCCACUGA